AACAUUUUUAGUCUAAAUCACUUGUUAAUUUGAUUUUCAAUUCAAUUAAAAAAUUAAUUAACAUUGAUACCUGUCCUAUUGCUUGAGUAAUACGUUCAAUGAAAGGAGAAAGUGAAUAACUCAUCGAAAAGGACACUCGUUUCUCAACAUGUUGCAACGUUUAAUUUAUUUCACUGUGAAAUCAAUACGCAACUUAACCGGUACUCAUUCAACUCAUAGCUUGACAGUUUCUGGUAAAACCAUGGAUGUGAAAAUUUUAUCAGCAUUAUCUGACAACUAUAUGUAUUUAAUUAUCGACAAGGAUUCCAAAAAAGCUGCAAUCGUUGAUCCAGUUGAGCCUGACAAAGUAUUACAAUCUGUCAGUGAAGCAGGUGUUGAAUUGACUACUGUUUUGACCACUCAUCACCAUUGGGAUCAUUCUGGAGGAAAUGCUGAAUUAGUUUCUAAAGCACCAGGCUCAAAGAGCUUAACUGUCUGUGGAUUUGACGACAGAAUCGGAGCAUUAACUAAAAAAGUCAAUCAUGGGGAUACUUUUUCGAUUGGAAAAUUGAAGAUUAAUUGUCUGUAUACACCUUGCCAUACCAGCGGACACAUAUGCUAUCAUGUAGUCCCACCAUCCGGUGAAUCAGAUGGCGCCGUUUUUACAGGAGAUACUCUUUUCCAAGCAGGAUGUGGUAAAUUUUUUGAAGGAACUCCGGAUCAAAUGUACGAUGCGUUGAUUAAUAAGCUAGGUUCAUUACCCGACUCAACAAAAGUUUACUGUGGCCAUGAGUAUACGGUAUCUAAUCUAGUUUUUGCUCAGAGCACUGAACCAUCCAACAAAGAUAUUCAAGAUAGACUGAACUGGGCUAAGGUCAGAAGAUCUCUUUCUGAAACAACCAUUCCGUCAACUAUUGCCAUGGAGAAGCUGAUCAAUCCUUUUAUGCGAGUUAAAGAACCAUCCAUUCAAAAGUAUGCAGGAUCCACUAAUCCAGUAGAAAUUAUGGGAAUUUUGAGAAAUGCUAAAAAUAAUUUCAAAGCUUAAAAUCAAAUUUUACAGCAAAUAAUCCUGUUCAUGUUUUUAUUUGUAUCUUGUAAUCCAAAAUUUAGUUAUUUUUUCUUUGUAUUUCAAUAUUCAAGAUAUGCUUUACAUUGUUAGUUUAAUAAUAAACAAUUGGUAUUUCAUUAGGAA